UGAGAAGGCCCCAGGACGGCGCGUUCUUCAAGGGUCCCCCCUAUCCUGGGUACCCCUUCCUGAUGAUCCCGGACCUGAGCAGCCCGUAUCUGCCCAACGGGCCCCUGUCCCCCGGAGCAGCGCGCACGUCGAAUAAAGUUCCCGUGGUGCAGCACCCACACCACAUGCACCCACUGACGCCCCUCAUCACCUACAGCAGUGACCACUUCUCCCCCGGCUCCUCACCCGCCCACCUCUCCCCGGAGAUCGAUCCAAAGACAGGAAUUCCCCGGCCCCCUCACCCAUCUGAGCUGUCGCCAUAUUACCCGCUGUCACCGGGACCUGUUGGACAGAUGCCCCACCCCCUCGGCUGGCUCGUCCCACAGCAAGGACAGCCCAUGUACUCCCUGCCUCCCGGCGGCUUCCGGCACUCCUACCCUGCCCUGGCCAUGAACGCCUCCAUGUCCAGCCUGGUUUCCAGUCGGUUCUCCCCUCACAUGGUGGCUCCGGCCCAUCCCGGUCUGCCCACCUCAGGGAUCCCCCACCCUGCCAUCGUCUCCCCGAUUGUAAAGCAGGAGCCUGCACCCCCCAGCCUGAGCCCGGCAGUGAGUGCGAAAUCGCCCGUGACGGUGAAGAAGGAGGAGGAGAAGAAGGUGCACGUGAAGAAACCCCUGAACGCCUUCAUGUUGUACAUGAAGGAGAUGAGAGCCAAGGUGGUGGCCGAGUGCACCCUGAAGGAGAGCGCAGCCAUUAACCAAAUCCUGGGGAGAAAGUGGCACAACCUGUCUCGGGAAGAACAGGCCAAGUACUACGAGCUGGCCCGGAAGGAGCGGCAACUGCACUCCCAGCUCUACCCUACCUGGUCCGCCCGCGACAACUACGGUAAGAAAAAGAAGAGGAAGCGAGAGAAGCAGCUGUCACAUUCCCAGUCCCAGCAGCAAGUCCCGGAGGCAGAAGGUACUCUAGCCUCUAAGAACAAGAAGCCGUGUGUUCAGUACCUGCCCCCUGAGAAGCCCUGUGACAGCCCUGCGUCCUCCCACGGUAGCAUGCUGGACUCCCCUGCCACCCCCUCCGCCGCCUUGGCUUCACCAGCUGCCCCCGCCGCAACCCACUCGGAACAAGCCCAGCCCCUCUCCCUGACCACCAAGCCAGAAAGUCGGGCCCAGCUGGCUCUCCACUCAGCUGCCUUCCUGUCAGCCAAGGCUGCAGCCACUUCCUCUUCCUCUAGCCAGAUGGCUGGCCAGCCUCCCCUCCUCUCCCGGCCCCUCCCUCUGGGGUCCCUGCCCACCGCUCUGUUGACUUCUCCCCCUUCCUUCCCAGCCACGCUCCGUGCCCACCAGGCCCUCCCAGUGCUCCAGGCCCAGCCGCUUUCCUUGGUCACCAAGCCCGCCCACUAGGUUGGCCCCUGACCUCUGCAGGUUGUCAAGUGACUCAUCGAGUAAUUCAGAAGAAAAAAGGAAACGUUAUUGGUCAAUAUUUGACCUCCCUGGACUGUUCCGUAAAGUGACCGGUACCGGCGGCGCUUUACGUUUUGUACAUGUUAACCAGUAGCUCAUCUUAAGGCUUUUUUUAAAAAACAAAAAAAUACAAAAACAAAGUCAUUGAGAGAGAUGAACUGAACAGGCAGUGCGUUACCCUUCCUGUGUGUGCUGUGGAGGGGGCCCUGGUGGUACGGCAGUUAAAGCACUCGGCUGUAUGCCAGAAAGGUCGGUGGUUCAGACCCACCAGCUGCUGUGGGGGGGCAAGACGAGACUGUCGGCUUCUAUUAAAAUGUACGGCCACUGGGGCUCCCCAGGCGGCAGUUCUACUCUGUGCUGUGGGGUGGCUGAGAGGCAGAACUCGCUCUCAGGCAGACGGCGGCAUAUGCUGUGGGUGGAUGGACUUGGGCAGAAGCCAACUUUCUCUCCACUGCCUGUGGUUUCUGCCCUCCUUCGUCUUCUCCGCUUCCCUCACCUGCGCCCGACCCCUCCCCAGCCCGCAUCCCUGGGGGUCCGCACAUGGAGAUCUCAUUCCUAGACCUUUCCUCCGGGCCGGGUUUGGGCCUCAGCAACCUCGGGUUGUGCCCUCUGGCCGGUCUCCUUUGUCCUCUGCUGCCCUCGCCUAGGAGGAGACAUCCUUGCCUGAUUCCUUCCACCGGCAUCCUCUCCCCCUCAGUGGGACCUAAGCCCCAUCCUCCAGCGUUCAGUGAGGGGAGAGGUCUGAAAUGGUUCUCACUGACAUUUAAAGGGACUCUAGGUGCCUGCCACUUCCUUGGGGAAAGAAGUCUGCGUUCUGCCCCCACCUCCCCGGCCCCUCACCGUCCCCUCACCGUCCCAGUGUGGCAGACCUGGCCCCAAGCUCUGGAGUCUGUCCCCUGGGCUCCUGCUAGCACAAUCUGCCCAAGUUCGAAGGACCCUCUUCCCCUCCCCACAAUCGCCUCACAAGCUUCGUCCGUGUGUAUUGUUGUUUUUUAAUGUUUUUUGGUUUGGUUUUGGUUUUUUUUGGAGCAAUUUAAACUCCCAGUUGUUUAUUUUCACAAAAGAAAAUAAAAUUGCAAUUGCAAGACCCUU